AUGCCGCCAGCGGAAAGUCCGUUGCAACAGAAAGAUGCCGUGCUCGCACUGUUGCCGCCUACAGCUCUCGUGCGUCUACGAAACACGGCGAAGGCGACACCGCCUGCCCAAGAUCAGGAGCUUCGUAAUGGGACACAUGAGUUGCCUACCAAUCAAGACAUCCUAGAUAGACUUAUCAAGGUCGAGGGGCUUAUUUCCGACCUCAAGGCAUCUUUCGAUCAUGGUAAAGCCUCUCCUGCCCCAAUAGAGCACGAUGAAGAUGCACCGGGUCCCGUUUUAGUACCGCCCGCCCAGCCCCCUCAAGAAGCCCCGAUUGGCGAGGGGGUGAGGGGCAGCUACGUUGACAACUCAGUGUUCGUCAAACUGUUCCUGGACGAUACGUCUCGACAAACCUCUGGAAGUGCCAAGCUACCAAACAGCUCGUCAAGCCUUUCAAUUCAUCGCCCGUCGAUGCAAUACGGGAUAGUUGCCACCGAUGUCUUCGGGUAUCAAGUUGAUGAUAUCUCCAUACCUUCCCAAACAUACGGAAAACUAUGGUCUCUGUACAAACAGAAUUUCGAUCCCCUGGUGAAGCUCUUGCACAUACCCACAAUACAACCAGUCAUACUGCACGCCUCGGCCAAUCCCCACGAGGCAGACGAUACAACAAUGACCCUGGUAUACGCUGUUGCGUUCGCAGCUACGGCAACCGUGCCAAGGGCUAGAUCAACAGAGCAGCUCGGGUUUGAGAAGACACUCCUCCUACGGCAUCUCAUGCAGCAAAUGGACAGCGCAUUUAUGAGGGCGCAAUUCCUGCUACGCCCCAGUACAUGGGGCCUGACAGCUCUUGUAAUCUAUUUGACGGCACUGAGAACUCACGACGCAACACGAACCAUCUGGAUACUGACCGGUCUUGCCAUGCGCAUUGCCGAGUCACUUGGGGUCCACGUAAACGGCACUCGUCUGGGUCUGGACCCUUUCGAGACCGAGAUACGACGGCGGCUUUGGUGGCAUCUAACUGCUCUCGAUGCCACUGCGCCUGAAAGUCACGGGUUCAAUUCAACAACUGUGGACCGUAAUCACACUUGUCUGCUACCGACCAACAUCGACGACGUCGACAUUUCUCCCCAAAUGACAGAGCCGCCGAUCGGGAAGGAUCACUGGACUGAGUUGUCCUUUUCCAUCAUGAACCUGGACCUGUGCCGCAGCUUACGGCGCGCCAUCGCUACAACCACGCAAAACGAUGCAGGGACUAGAGUAGACACAAUACAUGAAACCGAACGUAAGGUUGAGCAGCAAUGGCUGCGACUCGCGGAUAUGACGAAUCCACUUUGUCGUGCUGCAGAUGCUCUGCUGCGCAUAUCUGUCUUAAAGACACGUUUCAUCAUGACGCUUCAAACAUGGCUUUCGACUACCAAAAGUACGGAUUGCAGAUACAAUCACCUCCCUCAGUCGGUCUUCACGACUGCCAUCAAAUUACUCGAGGACGGGUAUCUGCUUCAGUCAGGGAAACUGUUCGAAAGCUUUGCGUGGUUCUAUCAGCAACAGCCUCAGCUCUACGCAUUGUUCCUUGUGCUACGCACACUGCACGCCUCGCCGGGGCGAACGGAAGCGGAUAGGGCAUGGGUUGCGGUGGAUAAUUAUUUCACCUGCCUCACUGACUUUGAAGAGGCGUCUGAGAUGAAGGGCAGGACGAGCUGCGUUUGGACAGUCCUCGGUCCAUUGCGUGAUAAGGCCAGAGAGUCGUCUGCGCAGAUGAGUCGCGAAGCGCAAGGACUGGUAGCAGGGCAAGCAUCGUCGGUACUGUCCCCUGCCGAUGAAUCUGGUACGCCCCUCUCAGCCACUGAGAUUAAUAUGCAGUUGUCGCCAUUCCAUGCCACACUCGAGCCUUCGGCUUUACAUGACAUGCUCGUGUGGCAGGAUUUCUCAGAUUUGAUCAAUCUCGAUGCAAGAAUGUUUUAA